AGACAGUGUAAAAGGCAGUUUACCGUAAGCGUGGAAAUUACGUUAUCUACAUCUCUUUCGCUCAAACUUAGCGCGGGCGAGAAAGAGAGGGAGGGACCCACACUUGCUUUGUGUGGACUAGGCGCGUUUUUUCUGUAUAUUCUGUGGUUCCAGACUUGAUUGAUAGUUGCAGUUGACUCGGUAAAGUCAAGAUAAGAUACCGCCUGCCUGCUUGUAUUGGUAUUGGUACAAACAGUGAAAUAAUAAUACAUGGGCAUUAGUCAUACAUUUGUAUUGUCACAGUAAACUAAUUUUCGAUAACACUGUACCUAGAGUUCAAGACCAGGAGAGAAAGAUAUCAACAUGUGGGAUAUAGCGAUUUAUUUAUUUAUAAUAAGUACGGUGGCUUAUGUCCUUAAAGAAUUGCUUUCUGAGACUCCUAAUUUCGUGAAGUUCAAAUUGAAAUUUCUUAUUUACUACGUAUGGACCUCUACCAUAUCGUUGAUGUUGAUGCCAUUCUUCAUGUUAGACCCGAAGAACGUCAAAAAUAUCUUAUUUUCUGUUGCAAUUAUUAAACACAUAACAAAAGUAAUUGAAAUUAAGUGGCACCUAAGAAAUGGGAAAGUCCUGGCAGAGGAUCGUGGAGCGGUGAUAGUGUCCAACCAUCAGUCAACUAUUGAUGUCCUAGGCAUGUUCAACAUUUGGCAUGUAGCUGACAAAGUUGCGGCAGUGGCCCGUAAAGAGUUAUUUUAUGUAUGGCCCUUUGGAUUGGCCGCAUAUCUGUGCGGGGUGGUGUUCAUCGACAGGAACAACCCAAAAGAUGCUUACAAAACACUCCAAGUCACAUCUGAUAUUAUGAUCAAAAAUAAGACGAAAAUUUGGCUGUUCCCCGAAGGGACCAGGAAUAAGGACUUCACAAGCUUGCUGCCGUUCAAGAAGGGAGCGUUCAAUAUAGCCGUUGCUGCGCAAGUGCCCAUCAUCCCCGUCGUGUUCUCGCCAUACUAUUUCAUCAACAGGCCUAAAUACAUUUUCAACAAAGGUCACGUCAUAAUACAGUGUCUGGAAGCAGUGCCGACGGCCGGGCUGACCAUGGACGACGUGCCGGAGCUCAUCGCGCGAGUACGCGGCCUCAUGGAGGCCACCUAUAAGGAACUCUCCAAGGAGGUGUUAAGUGCUUUGCCGCCCGACUACCCGCUCUAUACUCAAAAUUGAAAAAGACUACCAAAUAAUGACCAGUAUUAUGGGCAUUUUCAGUUAAAAGUCCAUCAUUUACUUUUUUCUAAAGGCCGUCAAAUUUUGGGUUAUUUCUACUAAGAAUCACAAAUACUACGGAUUUAAUAAAAAGGAAAAAAGUGUCCGUAGAAUAAUGACAGAUUUGUGACGCAUUUUAAAACCUGCGGGCGCUUUUUUCUUUGUUUCAACCAAUAGUCCUGGUGAUUCUGAGUCGUAAUAUCCGAAAAGUUAUUUUUUCGAAAAAAAUGAAAGGUGCCUACACUUUUUCCUGAAAACCCCCUUAUAUGGCUAUAUUUGAUUCGUAGAUUUCUGAAUGCAAGUACUGCCACUGCAAUGUUAUCUCUAAUACGCUAUGGCCACUUUUAUGUAUAGCGAAUAUGUGUUUUUCAACUACGUACGCAUUAGUUAUUUACAACUACUUCUAAUAUUAGCUUUAAGCGACCGCACAAAGAAAACGUGAUUAUUUUUAUAUUACCUAUAGACUGUGAAGUACAAGAUGUGAUAGAAGAUGAACGCGUAACAACACAUACUUAGAAACAGUCGUGUUAUAAAAUGUUCUUCAAAAACUAUAAAACCCACCAAAGCCUACGAACAUUUAUAUCCCUUGUAUUCGGAUAUCUAUGGAUCAAUUCAAUCUACCUAGCUUAGACUGGACGUCUGAGCUCAACUGUAAGUAAUAUUUGAUGGAAUUAACUUCGAAUAGUUUUGACUUGUUUUAGUUAUUUACGAUUUUCGCUCAUUACGUUAACCCUUUGAAUGCCACACCGAUUUUAUAUAACCCUCUAUAGAUUACAUGGCAAGCUUGCGCGUCUGUGGACGUCUUUGGUGGUCAAAGGGUUAUCGCGACUGAAUCACGUAUAUAUACGCGCUUUAAGCCCUUUUAUUUAAAAUAAUACUCUGACCUUGCUUCUGAAUUGAUUGUGUUAAGUGUCUUACCUAAAUAUUAACAGUAUUACAAAUUUAACCUGUAUGUACAAUUAUCGACGCCCCCUAACAGAUGUUAGAGACCUCUCUGCUUUCUGAUGAGCAAAUUCGACGAUAAACGUGAAGCCAUAGAAGUGCAUUCCUUGUAUAUAUUUUCCAUGGUCUGGAAUUUCAAGUUCGAACUAGAUAUACAUAAUUCAAAAACGUCAGCGCCUUAAUGCCUAAAACAAACUAUCAAUUGAUCGGCAUUCAUAUGAACGCGUGAGUGCUAACUACAUUUGAGAAUUGGCUGUGUUUGAUUUUAUUUUCUAGUCAAAAGUUAAAUUCGAACCAUUUUUGGCUGUAAAUUCUUCAACGCAAUGGAACCGGCCAUUGUCGUUCUUUAAAUAAGUAAAAACAUUAUUACUGUUCUUUAUUGUUUUAGGAAGUCAAUUCUUUUCAUCCUAUCUUAAACAGAUAGCAGUUUUUUAGGGAGUCAUCUUAAUUACCUAGUUUAAUGGUUUGCAAUAAGUAGGCUUUACUUUAUAUUUGAAUAAACUAUAUGAAUCCCGCCGCAUUCGGCAUUUGUAAGCAAGUUUGA